AUGUCAUCUGAAGACUUUAAUAAGAAUAUAACAAAUGAUAAACAAGAUGGUGACAUGCCUAUAAAUAAUUCCAGUAUCCGUUCAAAAGCAACUUUUUUAGAUGUAUCACCAGACAAUAAAGAAAGUGACUCUAUUGACAACCAACCUCAAUUACAGAUGCAAAAUCCAAUAGAACAACAAGUAUUAUCAUCUAAUACUAUCCCUGUCGAAUAUCAACGAGAGUCAUUGGUACGUGAAGUUCUUUCAGACCCUAGGAUACCGUACACCCUUGCCUUAUACCUUCAGCUCAUAUCAAAUGCUGUUCUAACGUCCAUUAUAUUCUACCUUAUCUACAUUUUUAUAACCACAAUAAGAAUAGACAUCAAUCAACGAAUGCAAUCUACAGCAUUAGAAAUUCUUCAAGAGAUUUCUUUUUGUUCACGAGAGUAUGUGCGUAACCGAUGCUCACCUGAGAGUGGACUACGUGUUCCUGCCUUAGAACAAGAGUGUACUGAAUUGGAUAAAUGCAGAAAUAGAGAUCCUCAAUUGAUUGCCCGUUCAAAAAUUACAGCUGAGACAUUUGCUGAAAUAGUUAAUGGAUUUAUUGGCAAGAUCAGUUGGAAAUCAAUUAUUUUGAUAAAUAUAUUGAUAUUUGGUGGGUUAAUUGUGAGUAAUGUAGCGUUUGGAAAUUAUCGGACCCAUUCGGCUCCUUUCAGUUCUAAAGAAGAUCAAGAGAAAAUAAAUCAAUUGGAAAAGAAAGUAAGAGAACAAGAGCUUAUUAUCAGAAAUUAUGAAAAUGGUGAUCAGAGGCAGGUAACCUAA